AUGGAGGAUGUCAGGGCUCGGGAUGAGUCAGGGUGCCCGCCUUACCUGCUCUCCUGCCAGCAUUCUCGCCUGCGGUCCCUGACCUGUGUCACCAUGCCUCAGAGGCACAACAAUAAGUAUCAUGCCCACGGGAAACGCCACCAGGUUUCUCCCCGGAGCUUCCCUGCUACUGGCGAUCGCCAGGAGCUUCAGGGAGCCAUGGCCCCUAGCUCUCCUGAUGCAGGGGUUUCCUGGGCAGGAUCUGAUGAAGGUGCCCAGGGCCCAGAGGAGGAAAGUGCAGGUGCCUCCCAGGCAGCCCCGGCCACUCAGAGCACUCGCAAAGAUCCUCUGACCAGGAAGGCCAACAUGCUGGUGGAGUUCCUGCUGGAGAAGUACGGCAAGAAGGAGCCCAUCACACAGAACGCCCUGCUGACGGUCGUCAACAGGAAGUACAGGCAGCACUUCCCCGAGAUCCUCAGGAGAGCCUCUGAGCGCAUGGAGCUGGUGUUUGGCCUGGAGCUGAAGGAAGACGACCGCAGCAGGAACAUCUAUGUCCUCAUUAGCAAGCUCAACCACAGGGGUAAUGGAGGUCCUAGUGAUGAGAAGGGGCUGCUCAAGUCUGGUCUCCUCAUGGUGCUCCUGGGGGUCAUUUUCAUGAAGGGUAACCAGGCCACUGAGGAGGAGGUCUGGGAAUUCCUCAGUGUGUUGGGGGUCUACGCUGGGAGGAGGCACUCAAUCUUUGGGGAGCCCAGAAGGCUCAUCACCAAAGAUCUGGUGCAGAAGAAGUACCUGAAGUACCUCCAGGUGCCCAAUAGUGAUCCUCCGCGCUACGAGUUCCUGUGGGGCCCGAGAGCUUGUGCUGAGAUCAGUAAGAUGAAGGUGCUGGAGGUUCUGGCCAAGAUCCAUGAUACGGUCCCUAGUGCCUUCCCAGACCUCUAUGAUGAGGCUCUGAGAGAUCAGGCGGAGAGAGCAGGGCUGAGAGUUGCGACCCAGGCUCCAGCUAUGGCUGAGGCCAGUGCCCCUUCCAGGGUCAAGUCCUGCAGCUCCUCCCACAUCUAG